AUGGCAUCGCAACCAGAACUUGAGCAUCCUAGGAAGGCCUUCGGAUGGGCAGCUAGGGAUCCUUCUGGUCUUCUCUCCCCUUUCAAUUUCUCCAGAAGGGAAGUGGGUGAGAAAGAUGUGGCAUUCAAAGUAUUGUACUGUGGGAUAUGCCACUCGGAUCUCCACAGCUUGAAGAACGAAUGGGGCAAUUCCAUCUAUCCAAUAGUUCCUGGGCAUGAAGUAGCUGGUGUAGUGACAGAGGUGGGAAGCAAAGUGGAAAAGUUCAAAGUUGGGGACAAGGUGGGUGUGGGAUGCUUGGUUGAUUCCUGUCGUACCUGCCACAGCUGUUCUGACAAUCUUGAGAAUUAUUGUCCACAAUUUACUCUCACAUAUGGUGCCAAAUAUAGAGAUAGCACCAUCACAUAUGGAGGCUACUCUGAUUCAAUGGUUGCGGAUGAACAUUUUGUGAUUCGCAUUCCUGAAGGCUUACCACUUGAUGCUGCUGCACCUCUCCUUUGUGCUGGGAUCACAGUGUAUAGCCCUCUCAGAUAUUUUGAACUAGACAAGCCUGGUCUUCAUGUGGGUGUGGUUGGUCUCGGUGGACUAGGCCAUAUGGCUGUGAAGUUUGCCAAAGCUUUUAGGGCUAAGGUCACAAUAAUAAGUACAUCACCCAAUAAAAAGGAGGAAGCAAUACAACAUCUCGGAGCUGACUCUUUUCUGAUAAGCCGUGACGUAGAUCAGAUGCAGGCUGCUAAGGGUAGUUUGGAUGGCAUUAUUGACACAGUUUCUGCCGCUCAUCCUCUCUUACCUCUCAUUGAUUUGCUCAAGUCUCAGGGAAAGCUUGUAAUGGUUGGUGCACCAGACAAGCCUCUGGAGCUGCCAAUAUUUCCUUUACUUGCAGGGAGAAAGAUAGUAGCUGGAAGCCUUGUUGGAGGGUUAAAGGAGACGCAAGAAAUGAUUGAUUUUGCAGCGAAACACAAUGUAAAACCUGAUAUUGAAGUUAUUCCUAUGGACUAUGUCAACACAGCAAUGAAACGCCUCGUCAAAGCAGAUGUUAAAUAUCGAUUUGUGAUUGACAUUGGAAACACACUGAAACCUUAUUGA